AGUCGUUGGGUGUUAUUAUACUGUAACAGUAGUCGGAUAGAAAUUUGUCAAGAUGGCGGUAAAUCCGGAUCUACAAAAGGAAAGAGCAGCCGCAACCUUUGACACAGAGAAGCUUACUGCAGUUCUUUAUGGCGGGAAGAAAAUGGUGCAACGUCGAAGAUAUUUACACAAUAUUAUUUUCGAGGACAAAUACAUGAACUCGUUCAAGCCAUGGUGGAAUCGAUCCCGUAUUGAACAAUACGAAACUGCUAUCAAGAAAGGGGCGUACAUGAACAAACUGAUCAAGGACCUGAACAUAACUGAUUUCUUGGAGCAAAGUUACCUCAAAGAGGCUGGUUCCAAUCACGAGGGGCAACCAAUGGGUGUACACCAGUCUAUGUUUAUCCCUACAAUCGAGAAGCUGGGUACUAACGAACAAAAAGCUAAAUAUUUGGAACCAGCCAAACAAUUCAAGAUCAUAGGAACCUAUGCUCAGACUGAGAUCGGCCAUGGAACAUAUAUUCGUGGUUUGGAAACAACGGCUACAUAUGACCCGCAGACAGAAGAGUUUGUUAUUAACAGCCCAACAGUGUCAUCUAUAAAAUACUGGCCGGCUGCAUUGGGAAGCACGUGUAAUCACGUGGUAUUGAUGGCUCAGCUGUACAGCCGGGGUGUGUGUCACGGUAUGCACGCUUUCAUCUUGCAGAUACGAAGUAUGAAAGACCACAGAACGUUGCCAGGAAUUUCUGCUGGAGAUAUAGGUAACAAAAUUGGAUUCAAUGCAGUAGACAAUGGCUUUUUGAAAUUUGACAACGUCAGGGUUCCCAGAAAUAGUUUGUUAUCAAGAUAUGCUAAGUUAGAACGAGACGGUACAUAUAUACCACCAGAAAAUCCAAGAAUCGCAUAUGGCACUAUGGUGUUUAUACGUUCACUCAUUGUAGGCGCGUGUGCCAAGUCUCUGUCACAAGCCCUAGUUAUAGCAACCAGAUACAGUGCUGUGAGAAGACAGACAGAAAUAAGACCGGGUGGCGAGGAACCGCAAGUUAUAGACUACCAAACACAGCAGGAGAAGUUGUUUCCCUUGUUGUCGUCUGCUUACGCCUUCCUUUUUAGCGGGACUGUGAUGCUGAAAGAAUAUUUUAGAAUAAAUGCCGACAUUGACAAAGGAAUCCUAGACGAAAUGGCCGCGCUACAUGGGUUGGCCGCGGGGUUAAAAGCGUUUUCUGCAGAGGUCGCUAGCAACGGUGUAGAUAAGUUACGUAUGGCGUGUGGCGGCCACGGAUACACUCACGCCAGCGGAAUCCCUAAAAUCUGGACAUAUAUGACACCAACAUGUACUUAUGAAGGCGAAAAUACGGUCAUGUAUCUACAGUGUGCAAGGUAUUUAGUAAAACAGUAUGCCCAGGCGGCCAGUGGACAGACACUUGUAGGAUUUAUGUCCUACCUCAACAAUCCAGUCAAACAGAGAAGUUCCCUCAAUGAUUCCCUCAGUAUGGUUGAUUUGAUUGAGGCAUAUGAACAUACGGCAGUCAGGUUAAUUAAAGUGGCAGCAUCUAAGAUUCAGUCACUGGUAAAAGGUGGACUUCCUAUUGAAGAGGCAAGAAAUCGAUGUGGAGUAUCUUUGGUGGUGGCUGCAAAGGCUCACUGCCACGCGUUUGUGGUGAAACUUUUUGCGAGUGUCGUAAAACAACCGGAAAUUGAUCCUGCCGUGGCUCGAGUCCUGGUCACACUGUGCAAACUGUAUGCGGUUUAUGGAAUCAACCAAAGACUAGGUGAAUUUAUGCAGGACGGUUUCUUGGACGGUCGGCAAGCGGAUAUUAUCCUGAACAAAACCCUGACACUGUUUGCCGAGAUCAGACCAAACGCUGUAGCUCUGGUUGACGCGUUUGAUUAUCCCGAUCAAAUCUUACAAAGUUGUCUUGGACGUUAUGAUGGAAACGUUUACGAGGCACUGUAUGAAUACGCCAAGACAUCACCACUAAAUGAAAAAGAGGUUCAAGACUCAUAUUAUACCACACUAAAACCGCUGAUGGAGGGAACGCUCAAGUUUGACGCUGCACCGCCUUCGAAGCUGUAGAAUUAAUUUCAUUUAUUUUUGUGUUAUCAUUGUUUAACAAAACGUUCUGUUUACAUAUUUGGUGCUGUUUUACUAUUUAAUAAAAUAUCGUGUUUUUAAAGUAACAAAGUUCAUGAGACAUUUGCACACACUUUAUCAGAUAACGAUGCCUUUCAUGAAUCGCUGUUUGAAAAAUGUUUAUUUACUGUAUGGGGGUGUAACAAGUUGCCACCAAAAAAAAAUUAGGUUUUUCAUGAAUGAUAGUCAGUACAUUUGCAAACAUACAACAAGUAAUUGUGCAUCAUACAUGUAUAAAAAAAAAUGACUUUCAGUUUAUGAUCAUACUAAAAGUGAUUGAUAGUGGAAUAGUUAAACGUGACGUUUUAUUAUACGU